AUGUGCGAGACCUUUGUAUGGAAUCUGAAUGAUUCUGUCGUCACUCCUGAGCAUUUAGCGCAGACGCUCAUCAAGGAUUAUGUGCUGCCCCAGAAUCACCAAGUUGUCAUCAUGAGAGUGAUUCAGGAGCAGCUGAGCGACUUCAAGGUCCACAUCAGUGCCAGCGUGGGCGAC